AUGGAUAGAGCUUGGAUCAAAAUGGAUAGGAGAUCACCUGAGUAUGAGGUCGGGGUUGAUAUGUUCUUAGAUUUUGUUAGUCGUCAUGCGAGUGAUCCUAACCAGAUUCGUUGUCCGUGCUUGGAUUGUGGGAAUGUUAAACCUGGUACAAUUAGGACGAUAAAAGAUCAUCUGUUUUGCAUUGGUAUCAUUAAUACCUAUGAUGUCUGGUAUUAUCAUGGAGAAGAUGUUCCAAGUUCAAGUAGUACAAAUGCAAAGAGGGAGAAUUAUAAGGAAGACCAUUUUAGAGACAAUACUGUAGAGAUGGUUCAAGCUGCACAUGAGGAUUUUGUUAGUAAUCCAGAAAAAUUUGAGCAGUUACUUGUUGAUGCUGAGAAACCAAUCUACCCUGGUUGUGUAAAGUUUUCAAAGUUAUCAACUCUUGUGAGAUUGUACAACAUGAAAGCAAAGGGUGGGUGGCCUGAUGUUAGUUUCUCAGAACUAUUAACUUUCUUGGAGGAGUUACUUCCAGCCAACAAUGAAAUGCCAUUGAACCUUUAUGAAGCGAAGAAAACAUUAUGUGCAUUAGGCUUAGAAUAUGAGAAGAUACAUGCAUGUCCAAAUGAUUGCAUUCUAUACCGAAAGGAAUAUAAGGAUGCAAUUGCAUGUCCCACUUGUGGUCUAUCUAGAUGGAAGGUUAAGAAGACUUCAGAUGAGACUUUAAGUGAGAAGAAGAAGAAAGCCCAGAUUCCUGCAAAGGUUCUUUGGUAUUUUCCCCCUAUUCCAAGAUUUAGAAGAAUGUUUCGUACUAAGAAGACAGCAGAGAACUUGAUUUGGCACGCUCAAGAUAGGGAAGAUGAUGGUAAAUUACGUCAUCCAGCAGAUUCUCCCCAAUGGAAGCUUGUGGACUACAUGUGGCCGGAGUUUGGGAGUGAGCCAAGGAACCUUCGACUUGCCAUUUCAGCUGAUGGGAUAAAUCCUCAUAGUUCUCUUAGCAGUCGUUAUAGUUGCUGGCCAGUUAUAAUGGUGAAUUACAACCUUCCACCGUGGUUGUGUAUGAAAAGAAAGUUUAUGAUGUUAACAAUGUUGAUUUCUGGUCCUAAGCAGCCGGGCAAUGAUAUUGACAUUUAUUUGGCACCCCUAAUUGAUGAUUUGAAAACUCUUUGGGAGGUUGGUGUAGAAGCUUAUGAUGCAUAUGCUCAAGAGAGGUUUGUAUUAAAAGCUGUUCUUUUGUGGACCAUCAAUGACUUUCCGGCAUAUGGGAAUUUGUGUGGAUGUAGUGUAAAGGGGUACUAUGCGUGCCCAAUAUGCAGUGAAAAAACACAUUCCAAAUGGCUAAAUUCUGGUAAGAAAGUGUCAUAUACUGGUCAUAGAAGAUUUCUUCCCCGCAAUCAUAGGUUUCGAGCAGAAAGCAAUACUUUUUAUGGUGAGCAAGAGUUUGGAUCAGCACCUGAGCCAUUAACAGGAGAGGAAAUCUUACAAAAAGUUGAGGGGAUCAAAUAUGAAUGGGGUAAGAAGACCGUAAAACUACAUCAGGAAAAAAAAGCAGCCAAGGAAACAGUGAAGCUAGGAAAAAGGAAAAUUAGAGAUGGAAAGAAAUUGGCAGGAACUAAGAAUAAGGUGAAAAAAAAAGAAAGAUGA